AUGUGCCAACCGUCGUCUUCAGAAGUGAGUUUAACUUGGCUUCUUCAAGAAGAAGCAGAUGUGUAUGCCGAUGAAGCUCAGAGUAGGUUGAACCUUCAAGUCCCUGUUCAGUACGUUCCUCAACCUGAUGUCGAAGAAGGAAUCCCGAAGACAUGUUACUGUGGUGGUGACCCUGUAGUCGCAACAUCUUACACACCGAGAGAUCCAGGGAGAAGGUAUUUCACAUGUCAGAACGUAGACGACGACGACUGCCAUGUUUGGAAGUGGUGGGAUGUGGCCGUUACGGAGGAGUUGAGUGACAUUCAGACACAACUUAGGCAGCUCAAGGACCAAGGUAACGAGAGUGAGGAGAAAGUGGUUAAGCUUAAGGAGACAGUUUGUGAGCUAGCUAAGAAGAAUUCAGGGGUUACCACGGGCUUCCACUUGCUUUGUUGUUUAAUUGGUGGUCUCGUAAUAGCUCUCCUGCUUAUGUGUCUGCCGGGGGCAGGGUCCAAAGCUUGAAGCGGGAGUGUCUCACCUCGACACUGUGUAUAUAAAAGGUACUAACUGUAACAACUUCCAUCUUUCUUGUUGUUUUUGAUAAGUAUAGUUACCAAGUAACUACUCGGAUUUGAUAACUUGAAAUGUUUUAAGAGUUGAAAAAUUAAAUGAAAAAUGUUUU